AGUUCAUCCGUGUUUACAUCGUAGCUAGACUCGCCGAAUAAGGAAAGCGAAAGUUAGUGACAGUUGUUAUGUUUAUUUCCUACUUACAUCAUUGUGGAUGUGUUUGCAUCCGUUUGCAAUGAGCAGCUGUGGAAAAGAUAGGCACAGUAGAAUAUUAUGAAGGUCAUAGUUCGAUGUAGAUUGUAGAUUAGUGUGGAUAUGUGCAGGGAGAGCUUCCGUAUGUUGUCUGAUAUCAGGCUACCUCGUCCUUUUCCCACCAGUCCACAGAUGUCAGGAGUGGCUCAUCGCUUUCAUGUGACUGUCCCUAAACAUGGCCUCCAACAUUCUGUCAUCCGACUCCACGGAUGAGUUCGAUAUGACUGAAGCCACAGAAUUGCUGAACAAUGCAGCUGGUGGUAUUGAUGAAGAGACAGCAGAAGAAUUUCUUUUCUUUACAGAAGCCAAAAUAUCCAAAAUCUGUUUUCUUCAUUGUCGUCAACGAGUUCUGUGAAAGAUUUUCCUAUUAUGGAAUGCGAACUAUACUUGCCAUAUACUUGACGAAUGUGCUCCUGUAUAAUGAUGAUGACGCUACUGUUAUUUAUCAUGUAUUUGCAAUGCUCUGCUACUUCUUCCCGCUCUUUGGAGCUAUGUUGGCAGAUACUUUCCUUGGAAAAUUCAGAACAAUCUUCUACGUCUCCAUUGUUUAUGCCAUUGGGAACAUUGUAAUAGCAUUUGCUUCUACAACAGGGGCAAUUGAAUUGCCUGCCAGGGAGCUUAGUAUAGUUGGGUUACUUCUGAUUGCCAUUGGCACGGGUGGAAUCAAGCCAUGCGUAUCAGCAUUUGGUGGUGAUCAGUUUAAGUUGCCACAACAGGAGAAGCAACUGCAACAGUUCUUUUCCUUGUUCUACUUUGCCAUAAACUCCGGCAGCCUCAUUUCAACAUUUCUCACCCCAGUUCUCAGGGAAGAUGUUAAAUGCUUAGAUCAAGAUACAUGUUAUCCACUGGCUUUUGGAGUACCAGCAGUUCUCAUGAUAUUGUCUGUCUUAAUAUUUGUGGCUGGCAAGAGACUUUACAUUAUUAAGAAACCAGAAGGAAAUGUGGUGCUGGAUGUCUGUAAGUGCAUUGGACAUGCAUUGGUAAGGAGGAGAAAACUAAAGAAAAUUGAAAAACGUGAUCAUUGGCUGGAAUAUGCUGAUGAUACAUAUGAUAAAACUCUGAUUGAAGAUACCAAAGCCACAUUACGGGUUCUCUUCCUCUACCUCCCUCUUCCAUUUUUCUGGGCUCUCUUUGAUCAACAGGGAUCUCGCUGGACAUUCCAAGCCACCAGAAUGACUGGGGUACUGGGUAGCUGGUCAUUGAAACCUGAUCAGUUGCAAGUUGUGAAUCCUCUACUCAUUCUCAUAUUCAUACCUCUGUUUGAAACAGUGUUGUACCCAAUUCUAGCAAAAUGCAAUAUAAAGCGACCAUUGCAGAAGUUAGGGAUUGGUGGUGUCUUGGCUGCUGUAGCUUUCGUGAUUUCAGCCAUUGUUGAACUGCAAUUAGAGGAUACAUAUGCAGUUCUACCAGAGGCUGGCCAGGCUCAACUCAGAAUUUUUAAUGGAUUGAACUGUAGAGUUCCAAUUGACAUUUCUGGAGUAGAUGGAAGUACAAUUGAACCUCUGAGCUUCUGGAAGGCUCCAACCCUGUCAGUUAAUGAUGUGAAUACGUACAGUAUCAGUGUUAAUAGAGAUUCAACCUGUGAAGAAUACCCUGCAUUUGAGGGAUCUGUAGAAGUGACAGAAAAGCAGGCAACAUCAUACUUCAUAACAUAUGAUGAACAGAAUAGUACAACGGUUAUUCGUCUAGAAACUUCUUCAUCACCAUUUGAUACCAUUGAUAAGUCUAAGUCAGGAGAUCCAUUACUAAGGGUAAUUUAUAAUUUCAAAGAUAGACAGUCUAACCGUUACCUGAAUUUUCAAGAAGUGGAUGGUACAGAAAAAAAGGUUUACCUCCUUAAUCUCACUAGUUAUACAACAGAAACUGAAGAAAUACCACCUGCUAUCUACCAUGUGUCAUUAGCUGGUGACAAUGGCACAGAAUUUGCAGAUCAAAAUCUGGAACUUGGAGGAGUUUAUACCCUAAUUGUUCAAGAAAAUAACAAUGGAAUUGAUGUCAGCCUGCAUACUAUAACUGAGCCUAACAGUAUCCAUAUGUUGUGGCUGAUCCCACAGUACUUUGUUAUGACCAUGGGAGAAGUGAUGUUCUCUAUCACUGGCUUGGAAUUCUCCUUCACACAAGCUCCUGUCAGCAUGAAGUCUGUCCUGCAAGCAGGCUGGUUGCUUACUGUUGCAUUUGGUAACCUCAUUGUGGUCAUCAUAGCAGAAGCAAAAUUUUUUGACAGUCAGGCACAUGAAUUCUUCUUGUUUGCUGGUCUUAUGAUUGUGGAUAUGGUAAUUUUUGCAUUAAUGGCUUUGAAGUACAAAUAUGUUGAAGUACCUGAAGAGGAAGAUGAAGAAGAGGAAAGCAAGAUCAGUGGAUUAGCACUGAAAGAAACAAAAUCCAGUGUAACAAAUGGAAUACAAAAUAGCGCAUUCAAGAAUGAUGAAUAAGGCUGACAUCGUUUGCAUAACUGUAGAAAAAUCUAAACAACCACAACUGUAUAUAUUUUAAUUAAAUAGUGAUUUUUUAUAAUCCAGAAUAUUAAAAGUAUACUUUUCAGGAACAGCUGACAACAUCAAUGAGUACUGUGUGCAAGAUGAGACAAAACUGUAGAAUGAGUGGUGGUUUCAUUUUAUUGCUUAUUUUAUUCAAUACAGUUUAUAAUAUGAUGUAAAAUAAAAUAAUGAAUGCAAAAAAGAAUACAGAUAAAUAUGUACAACAUUUUAAAUUAAAAUUUUGUCUAAGUAGUUAUAAUUCAAUUUUGUUUUAGCGCCUUUAUCAUAAUAAUUUUGUACUUCAGUCAGCUUCUAUUCUAGUUACCUUCUGACAUUUUAAACUGGGUUGAAUUUGGAACAUUUUAUUUUAACCUUAAUAUAAGCCUACACCUUGAAUUAAGGCCAAAAUUAUCAUCUUUUGUUGUAGACAUGCACAUAUCUUCGAAUUACCAUUUACACUUCGAAGAAAGCCGUAUUUGAUUUCGUAAAAGAAGCUAAAAAAUUUGGCAGAAGUUGUUAUUAAGUUGUGCACUGAAUUAAAUUACACAUUUGAUUCUGAAAUAAAAUAAAAUUAUCCUUCAUGCUAGUUUAUCACUAUCAUUAGUUAUGCUUGACCUUUCUUCAGCUGUUCCUUGUUUUUAGCUUAAAGGCAUUUUAAAAUCCAUUUCAAUUGGACAAAGAUGUAUCUGUGCUUCAAGCAUUUGUUGCUGAAUGGUGAAUAUACUAAUGUUGAAAGAGGAGUGAUAAUGUUCCAGCCUUGUGAUAAAGCAGAUGUCAGUUCCAGUGUAUUUUGUGAAAAAGUUAAUAUUUGUGUCGUAAUUGUUCUGUAAUAUUUCCAAAUGAAAUUUUUGGUACUUUGUAAAUAAUAUGCUAUUUAACAGCUGUGAUCUGACAAACAUGUGAUCAAACAUGAUAGACUGUUCCAAUAUUUAUAUUGUAAUGAUUAGAGAACCGAACAGUAUAAGAUAUGUAAAAUUGUUAUAGUAUUCUUGCAGAUGUUGUAAAUAAAAUGCAAAGUUAGAAAUGUGAAAAUGAAAAA